AUGAGAGUUCUUGCAGCUAUUGCGCUCGGCGCAACGGGCCUCAGAGGCGCUCUGGCCGCAGUCGUCCCUCAAGAAGUACUCGGGACCAAUCCUCACAUCCACCACGAACAGGAAAAGUACUUGAUUGAAUUGGCGCCUUACCAAACACGAUGGGUGACCGAAGAAGAAAAAUGGGCAUUGAAACUGGAUGGCGUGAAUUUCAUCGACAUCACAGAAGAGCAUAACACCGGAUUCUACCCAACUUUGAACAGUGCCAGCUAUGUCAAAUAUCCGCUGAAGAUGCAGUAUGCCGACGAAGUUGUUGCGCUCAAUAAGAACCUAUCCACAGCGAAUAUGAAAGCCAACCUCGAACACUUCACGUCAUUCCAUACUCGCUAUUACAAAUCGCAAACAGGGAUCGAAUCAGCAACAUGGCUUGCCAGUCAGGUUGAGAAGGUGAUCACAGAAUCGGGAGCUGCCAAUCAUGGUGCGACUGUCGAGCGUUUUGCUCAUCCAUGGGGUCAAUUCAGCAUCAUUGCCCGGAUCCCCGGGCAGACGAAUAAGACAGUGGUGUUGGGUGCCCAUCAGGACAGCAUCAACUUAUUCCUGCCGUCCAUUCUGGCUGCCCCCGGUGCUGAUGACGAUGGAAGCGGAACUGUCACUAUCCUUGAAGCUUUGCGUGGCCUGCUGCAGUCAGGCUCCGUCGCUCAGGGUAAUGCAACAAACACGAUUGAGUUCCACUGGUAUUCUGCCGAGGAAGGUGGCAUGUUGGGCUCGCAGGCAGUUUUCUCAAGCUACAAGAAGAACCGGCGCGAGGUGAAGGCGAUGCUUCAGCAGGAUAUGACCGGCUACACCAAAGGAGCGCUCGAUGCUGGGGCCAAGGAGGCUGUGGGAAUCAUGAUUGAUUACGUCGAUCAAGGAUUGACUCGGUUCGUGAAGGAAAUUGUUACGACGUACUGCUCUCUGGGAUACGUUGAGACCAAGUGCGGCUAUGCCUGCUCCGACCAUACAUCGGCAAGCAAAUACGGAUAUCCUGCGGCCAUGGCAACUGAGUCGGAGAUGGAAAAUACCAACAGGAAAAUCCAUACCACGGAUGACCAGAUCAAGUAUCUGAGCUUCGAUCACAUGCUGGAACAUGCGAAACUGACUCUUGGUUUCGCCUACGAGCUGGCUUUUGCGCCGUUCUGA